AUGCGCACUUCCCUCACUCGCUGGUUGUCACGCAGCCCAAGCACAUUGCCUCUUGCACAUCGAACCUUCCACGCUGCUUCACGACUAUACAGACCCGCUGAGAUGGACAAGGUCGAUACGACAGACCGCCUGACGCGGCUGCGCGAGCUGAUGAGGGAGCACAAGGUAGACCUGUACAUCGUUCCCUCUGAGGAUGCACACUCGUCCGAGUACAUAGCCCCCACCGACGCCCGCCGCGAGUUCAUCUGCGGCUUCUCAGGUUCCGCCGGAACGGCUGUCAUUGGGCGAGAAAAGGCUGCGUUAGCAACAGACGGACGAUACUUCAACCAAGCAAGUCAUCAGCUCGACAGCAAUUGGACGCUCCUCAAGCAAGGACUCCAAGAUGCGCCUACAUGGCAAGAGUGGACCAUUGAGCAGGCCGAGGACGGCAAGACCGUCGGCGUGGACCCUACCACCAUCACAGCACCAGAAGGCAGGAAGCUGGCGGAGAAGAUCAAGAAGAAGGGCGGCAAAGAGCUGGUCGCAAUAGCAGAGAACCUCGUCGACAAAGUAUGGGGCAAGGACAAGCCACCAAGGCCGAGUGAGCCGGUGAAGGUGCUGGGUAUGGAGUACGCCGGCAAGCAAUUCCAAGAGAAGAUCGAGGAGCUGCGCAAGGAGUUGGACAAGAAGAAGGCGGCCGCAUUCGUGGUCAGCAUGCUUGACGAGAUCGCAUGGCUGUUCAACCUUCGCGGGAAUGACAUUCCAUACAACCCGGUCUUCUUCUCGUACGCCGUCAUCACGCCUACCAGCGCAACGCUAUACGUCGACGAGAGCAAGCUACAAGACAACGCAAAGGCACAUCUUGCAGGCAUUUCGAUACGUCCUUACGACAGCAUCUUCUCCGACAUCACAACUUUGGCGAACUCUGAAACUACCACAAAUGGCAGUUCGAACACAACCAAGCAGAAGUUCCUCAUCUCUACGAGAGCGUCAUGGGCACUGUCACGAUCAUUAGGCGGCGAAGACAAGGUCGAUGAGGUUCGAUCACCCAUCGGCGACGCCAAGGCCAUCAAGAACAGCACCGAGCUCGAAGGCAUGAGAAAGUGUCACAUCCGCGACGGCGCAGCGUUGGUCGAAUACUUCGCCUGGCUAGAGAACGAGCUCGUCAACAAAGGCUCCAAACUCGACGAAGUACAAGCCGCCGACAAGCUCGAAGCAAUCCGCAGCAAGCACGACAAAUUCGUCGGCCUCUCCUUCGACACCAUCUCCUCUACAGGUCCCAACGCCGCCGUAAUCCACUACAAACCCGAACCAGGCAACUGCUCCACUAUCGAUCCUAGUAAAGUCUACCUCUGCGACUCCGGCGCGCAGUAUCUCGAUGGCACAACAGACACAACCCGAACGCUCCACUUCGGUGAACCCACAGCCGCCGAGAUCGAAGCCUACACCCUUGUUCUCAAAGGCAACAUCGGCCUCGAACAAGCUGUCUUCCCCAAAGGGACAUCCGGCUUCGCCCUCGACACCCUAGCCCGCCAAUACCUCUGGCAAUACGGCCUCGAAUACCGCCACGGUACGGGCCACGGCGUCGGCAGCUUCCUCAACGUGCACGAAGGCCCCAUCGGCAUCGGCACUCGCAUCCAAUACUCAGAAGUUCCCCUAUCAAUCGGAAACGUCAUCAGUGAUGAGCCUGGUUACUACGAGGAUGGUAACUUUGGAAUCCGCAUUGAGAAUGUGAUCAUGGUGAAGGAGGUCAAGACGAAGCACAAUUUCGGCGAUAAGCCAUACUACGGCUUCGAGCAUGUGACGAUGGUACCGAUGUGUAGGAAGCUGAUUGAUGUGACGUUACUGUCGGACAAGGAGAGGCAUUGGUUGACGGAUUAUCACAAGGAGGUGCUGGAGAAGACGUUGCCGUUCUUUGAGGAGGAUGAGAUGAGUCGGACGUGGUUGGAGAGGGAGUGUGGGCCGUAUUGA